AUGGAUUCAUCUGCUCUCUUGAACAACAAAGACAUAAUUUCUAAUGAUAAAGCAGAGCAAUAUAUUCGUGAUAAUGUCUACGCUGUCGGGUUUUGGAUAUGGUUUGGUGGAUUUCUUCUGAUUUUCGGACUCUCAGGUAACAUGAUUUCUAUUUACAUUCUCACUCGAGCCUCGAUGAAAGUGCAAAGGCUUAAUAUUUACCUCUUAUCUCAACUUACUGUUGACAUGGGGUCUGUUAUAUGCACCUUGCUCCGUAAAUGGCUAGCAUUCACGUUUGGUAUCCAUGUGACACAACUGAAUGAGUUCUUAUGUAAAUCAGGUCAAUUCUUCUCUUCGUUUUUCAUUGAUUGCUCAUCUUGGAAUUUAGUUCUCAUAUCCCUCGAGAAGAUGAUGUUUGUAACUAAGCCACUGAGUAGUCACGUUCAAAUCCAUUCUCGUGCCAGCUUAUUAAAAAUCACUGUAACAUUUGUUAUACUCGCAAUGUAUGAUUCCCAUUUUCUCAUUGGCAUGGGAGACACGACAAAGCAGCAGCAACUGUUACUAGUCUACGUGAACGAGAAUUCAUCUAGCAAACACGCCAACACAACCGAAUCAAAAAGCAACGUUGCUUUGGAUUUUCCCAGCGAAUCACAAUUAUUUGAAUUAGGCAAGUGCACUCUGAAUUCCAUAAAAUAUCUCUACUUCGUUGAAAAUUUUGAUAACUGGCUACGUAUAUUCCUACACAGCAUCAUUCCAUCAGUUAUUAUGAUGAUAUGUAACGUACUGAUUAUACGGACGAUACUUUCUAGACCCUUGUUAUGUCAAACAAGUACUUUAGAUUCCCGAAGGCGUCGGAUAUCCGCUAAUACUAGAAUGGUUGUCUAUAAUAACAUAUUUUUUUUCCUAACAUGUACACCUGUCUCGGUAAAUAUUUUAUACGAUGUCUCCCACGACGGUUACAAAACGUCGAAAACAUUUUCAUACCUUCGUCUCCUUUCACUAACUCACCACAGCAUGAAUUUUCUCUGGUAUAUAGUUACAAAUAAACAGUUUCGUAAAGAAUUAGUUGCAAUAUUUCGGUGUUUCUCACAUUGUAAAUACACGAAAAAAGUUAAAGUUAAACCUAGCUCUUCGCAAAAACAGGAAAUCAGUUUCAUUUCUAGAGGAUUCCCUCUGAAAUACUUUAAGAAUAUUUUAUCAAAAAAUAACCGACUAUGA